UUCGUUAAUAACCUCCUUGCGCACUGACCGACGCUUGGACUUGACCAUGGUCAUUGCCGCAGUGCCAGAGCUACGGCAGACUCCUCACGGAUCAGCUCAUUCAGGAUCUAAUUCGCUGACUUUGCGAUGGUACUUUACCAACAAACCCUAUUCGGACCUGAAAGUUCCUCAUCAGGGCCUUGAGCCCCCUCUGGGAUUCGGAACGGCGGUGAUUGAAGCGGGUCGCUUAGCUUCUCCCGGAUAUUGUACCGCAACGUGUUGAUGGAGAAGUUCGAUGGCCAUUCCAGGAAAGGCCUGUGGAAGGGGCGUUAGGAUGGACCUGUAACCGUGUACGGGUGAUUUAGUCAGGGUUCAGCGCGUCUGUUAACCUUUACCAUCGACCACGAUCAUGCAGUCCGCCACACCUCAACUUCCUGUGCAAACGCAGUUCCAAGUCGGUGGGCAACAGCAGGGUCCAGAGCCUGCAGACGACGAGGACUCGGAUGCCGCUCUCCAGCUCCUGGUUGCUCAGAGGCGUAAAAGACGCCGGUGUGCGCAAACAGUUUUGUCUUCAGAAAGCGAAAAACAAGACGAUCCAAACUAUGCGCCAUCGAAACCAAAAUAUCCUCGAAGAAAGAAGAGAAAGACUAGUGAUUCUGAACCUUGGCGGCUAGGGUUUCUUGAAUUGCCUGUUGACGUUUUUCUUGAGAUUGCGAAAGAGCUCACCCCGCCAGAUCUUUUAAACCUCUCCCGAACCAACAAGUCCCUACGCAACCAUCUUAUGAGUCGUCAAAACCAUGUAUUGUGGCGUGAAAGCCUUGCAAAUAUCCCAGAUCUCCCCGCUCUCCCUCCUGGCAUGACAGAACCAUCAUACGUCAAUUUGCUGUUCAGCACGAAGUGUCACCUAUGCUCAAGUGGUCACUCAUCGCCUUAUUGGGAAUGUCGGUUGCGGUGUUGCACCAAAUGCAUCAACGAAGCGUUCAUCGAGAAAGCUAUACUCAUGGCGGACGGACAGUUUAGCUUUCUAGCAUCUAAUGCGGACCUUCUUAAGGUGAUUCCACAGCGAGCGCCUGGAAUUUAUCUUCGUUCAGCGGUGGAGAAUUUCUGUUUCGAACUUGACGAGGUCGUAGGAAACGAAGAACAGUUCAGCAUGUGGCACAAGGCCAAGAUUGACGAACAUUCCGCUUUAGUUGAGCAUGCAAAGCAAUGUCAGAAGUGGGCGAAAUCGCAAAAUGAUAAGAAGAAAGCAGAGCGUGCUGCAAUCCGUGCCCGCCGUUUGGAGCAGGCCAAGGAGAGACUAAGCAAGCUGGGGUGGGGAAAAGAGAUGGAAAACACAGACUUCCUGAAACACCCAUUUUUUCGGCAGAACAAAGAAUUCGAUGAGGGAGCUUGGGAACGAGCAAAGGAUGGACUAAUUGAACGCUUGAACAAGAUAAAAGACGAAGCCCAAGGAAUUAUUGCCGAUAUUCGUGUGCAACGCUGUAACGUCAUUCAAGACACAUAUAACGACCUUCGCUCUCGAAACCCUCUCUCGAUCCUACCCAGCCUCGGCGAUCUCCUGUCAUGCAGACUGAUUAACGACCUCCUCGAGAGGCGGCCCUUCAACAAGCUAACCACAGCAGACGUAUCCUCCGUCCUAAACCUUACCUCGCCAUCUUUCUCUCUGUUAGUGGAAAAGUGGCGCGCGGCCAAGGAUCUACAGCUCUUCCAAAUUCUACGCAAAGCCAACCCAAGUAUCCUCACGCCUUCCGAAUUCAAUCUUGCUACCACGGUGUUUCGAUGUAAUGAUGCUGAUUGCGGGCAGCCCUUACAAUACCCUGAUGUCUUGAUACACCCUUGUACUUCGUCGCCUGCAUUUCGGUUCUCGAAGGAUAUGGGCGGUACGCCUUCAAGGUUCACCUCGUCAGAAACGUGUCGCAAAGUGGGAUCCGAUCCGUGGAAUCUAGGGGGGAACAGGAUCAGUUUUCAUGAAGAUGCUUCUGCAAAUGCGCGGGCGAUAGUCAAUGCUUGUGGAUUAGACCCGAAGGAGGCGACGGUCAGUGAGAUGAACAUGAAAAAUCCUGUCAUCGAAUGCAGGACUUGUAGGGAAGUUUUACGAUGGCCGCAAGUCCUUGGUCAUUUACACAAAGGAAAAUUCACCGUCUGUAAAUCCCAGGAUGAAGAAAUACGCCAAGAAAAACCGCCAGCCCGAGUCCGACUGGGAGCUCCUUGGGUGUUUGGAGUGCGGUGUGCGCGCUGCGGUUAUCUCUGUGCCCCUCAGUCGCUUCCCGAACACCUUGCGAAAGAACACGGUCUCAUCGAGCCCAGUAACAUGGACUGGUGUUUCGACACAGAAGCCAAGUUUGAUACGGCCGGGGUUAGACAGGAACGGGUAAACGACGAUCUAUCGACCGCCUACCCACCUUUGAAUCACUAACGCUCCGAUGUGUCACUACGGGCUUCCCCUCGACUUUCACUCAUGACCAGCUUCCGAUGCUCUCUAUGUUUUGUGCGAUAGCA